AUGGAUCGUCAGUAUCAAGAUCUUCAGAAUGCAGUGUCACAAGAUGAUCUUAAAGCGGUCAAAGUCAUAUUAAAACAAGAUACUAACGUAAACCAACCAGAUCAAAAUGGAAACAUUCCAUUACACAUGGCUGCACAACGUGGCAAGAAAGAUAUCGUGGAGUUUCUGAUUAAACAUGGUGGUGAUGUAGAGAAGAAGAAUGAAUAUGGACAAACACCCUUACAUCUUGCUGCAUCAUAUGGAAGCCUUAAAGCAACCAAGGUGAUACUCAGGCACGGUGGAAAUGUGUACAAAGAGGACAACGCAGGCUACAGUGCAUUACUGAACACUGUAAAGAAUGGUCACAAGGAUGUAGUGCAGUACUUCAUCAGCCAAGGCACCAGUGUGAAUAAGGUCAAUAGUAAUGGAUUGACGCCGUUGUAUAUCGCUGCCGGUUUUGGCAAGAUUGACAUGGUGAAAUACUUGAUCAGUAAUGGAGCCGAUGUACAUUGUGCACAGGAAAACUAUUUAUUGCCAUUGGCAUACGCUUCAUCAUUUGGCCAUGUAGAGGUAGUGAAAUAUCUUGUAAAUCAAGGAGCUAAAGUGAAUAAAGGAGGGAGUGAUGGUCGGACUGCAUUACAUAAUGCUGCUCAGAAUGGUCAUCUUGAUGUAACCAGACAUUUGAUCAGUAAAGGAGCUGAGGUGAAUAGGGUUGAUGGUAAUGGUUACAGUGCAUUGCGUGUUUCUGCUUUCAAUGGUCAUAUUGAGGUUACCAAAUAUCUGAUUAGUCAGGGAGCUGAGGUCAAUAGGAAAGAUGAUAUUGGCUGGACUCCUUUACAUGUUGCUGCUCAAGAAGGUCAUCUGGAUACAUGUGAAUAUCUGAUCAGUCAAGGAGCUGAGGUGAAUAAAGGAAAGAAUGAUGGUGGGACUGCAUUGCACAGUGCUGCUCAGAAUGGUCAUCUUGAUGUAACCAGAUAUUUGAUAAAUCAAGGAGCCGAGGUGAAUAGGGUUGAUAGUAAUGGUUACAGUGCAUUGCGUGAAUCUGCUUUCAAUGGUCAUGUUGAGGUCAUCAAAUAUUUGAUUAGUCAGGGAGCUGAGGUGAAUAUGGGGGAUUAUAAGGGUGCGACUCCUUUAAUUGUUGCUGCUCAAGAAGGUCAUCUGAAAACAUGUGAAUAUCUGAUCAGUCAAGGAGCUGAGAAGGGUCACCUUGAUGUAACCAGAUAUUUGAUAAAUCAAGGAGCCGAGGUGAAUAGGGUUGAUAGUAAUGGUUACAGUGCAUUGCGUGUAUCUGCUUUCGAGGGUCAUAUUGAGGUUAUUAAAUAUCUGAUUAGUCAAGGAGCUGAAGUCAAUAGGAAAGAUGAUAUUGGCUCGACUCCUUUACACGUUGCUGCUCAAGAAGGUCAUCUGGACACAUGUGAAUAUCUGAUCAGUCAAGGAGCUGAGGUGAAUAAAGGAAGGAAUGAUGGAUGGACUGCAUUGCACAGUGCUGCUAAGAAUGGUCAUCUUGAUGUAACCAGAUAUUUGAUAAAUCAAGGAGCCGAGGUGAAUAGGGUUGAUAGUAAAGGUUACAGUGCAUUGCGUGAAUCUGCUUUCAAUGGUCAUGUUGAGGUCAUCAAAUAUUUGAUUAGUCAGGGAGCUGAGGUGAAUAUGGGGGAUUAUAAGGGUGCGACUCCUUUAAUUGUUGCUGCUCAAGAAGGACAUCUGAAAACAUGUGAAUAUCUGAUCAGUCAAGGAGCUGAGGUGAAUAAAGGAAAGAAUGAUGGUGGGACUGCAUUGCACAGUGCUGCUCAGAAGGGUCACCUUGAUGUAACCAGAUAUUUGAUAAAUCAAGGAGCCGAGGUGAAUAGGGUUGAUAGUAAUGGUUACAGUGCAUUGCGUGAAUCUGCUUUCAAUGGUCAUAUUGAGGUCAUCAAAUAUUUGAUUAGUCAAGGAGCUGAAGUCAAUAGGAAAGAUGAUUUUGGCUCGACUCCUUUACACGUUGCUGCUCAAGAAGGUCAUCUGGAUACAUGUGAAUAUCUGAUCAGUCAAGGAGCUGAGGUGAAUAAAGGAAUGAAUGAUGGUGGGACUGCAUUGCACAGUGCUGCUCAGAACGGUCAUCUUGAUGUAACCAGAUAUUUGAUAAAUCAAGGAGCUGAGGUGAAUAGGGUUGAUAGUAAUGGUUACAGUGCAUUGCGUGAAUCUGCUUUCAAUGGUCAUGUUGAGGUCAUCAAAUAUUUGAUUAGUCAGGGAGCUGAGGUGAAUAUGGGGGAUAAUAAGGGUGCGACUCCUUUAAUUGUUGCUGCUCAAGAAGGACAUCUGAAAACAUGUGAAUAUCUGAUCAGUCAAGGAGCUGAGGGAGCUGAGGUGAAUAGGGUUGAUAAUAAUGGUUACAGUGCAUUGCGUGUAUCUGCUUUCGAGGGUCAUAUUGAGGUUAUUAAAUAUCUGAUUAGUCAAGGAGCUGAAGUCAAUAGGAAAGAUGAUAUUGGCUCGACUCCUUUACACGUUGCUGCUCAAGAAGGUCAUCUGGACACAUGUGAAUAUCUGAUCAGUCAAGGAGCUGAGGUGAAUAAAGGAAGGAAUGAUGGAUGGACUGCAUUGCACAGUGCUGCUAAGAAUGGAGCUGAGGUGAAUAGGGUUGAUAAUAAUGGUUACAGUGCAUUGCGUGUAUCUGCUUUCGAGGGUCAUAUUGAGGUUAUUAAAUAUCUGAUUAGUCAAGGAGCUGAAGUCAAUAGGAAAGAUGAUAUUGGCUCGACUCCUUUACACGUUGCUGCUCAAGAAGGUCAUCUGGACACAUGUGAAUAUCUGAUCAGUCAAGGAGCUGAGUCAGGGAGCUGA